GUAAAGUCCAACCUAACAUCUGUAUUUUGUUCAUUCAGAGAAGCAUGGCUAGUGCAGAAGUUGAACCGAAGUGGACUACUGAGGAAAUUAACUCAGAAAGUGUCGGAAAGAAAGAUAUAAUUGCAUUCAUUCAAGAACAUGGCGCGAGAAAGUUUUUGGCAGAGAAAAAGAUGCUUGGCGCCACCAAGAAUAUUGCAAAGGUCUUCAAAAAAGAGGCACUUGUAGCAGUCUACAAUGAACUCUUUGAAACCAAGGCUUUCAAGGGUGACAAUGAAGAAGAGGAAGAGGUAGUUCAAGUUACCAAAGCCACUGAAGAAUUGAAAGUGACUGAGAAAGCUGCAGAGAAAGUACCCGAGGCAAAGAAAGAGCCCCCAAGGUACAAGAAACGAGUGUUAAAGAAAGGAGAUGACCGUAGCAGGCCUCAAAAGGGUGACACUGUACAUGUGUGGUACACUGGUAAACUGGACGAUGGCACAGUGUUUGACACCAACAUCUUCACAGGUGAUGGUUCAAACUUAUUCGGAUUGAGUGAUUUAAUGGAGCUGUGGGAUGAGGCCUUAUUGACCAUGGGAAUCCGUGAACGGUCAGAGAUUGUGAUUGAACCAGAGUGGGCAUAUGGUGCAAAAGGAAUUGAAGGAAAAAUUCCUCCUCAUUCUAGACUAACAUUUGAGAUGGAGUUGGAGGCAAUCAAUUGAUACAAUACCUAAUCUACAAAUUUUUCACUGUGCAUACAACUUGAGGGGACGUCAUCAAGCACCCUGUCGCAAUGGCAACUGCGAAGAAGAGUACUGUAUCAAUAUUAUUGCAGGCCAUUAGACAACAAAAAUUGUCUUCUCUAGGUCGGUGCAUUUGCUCAAGUGUUCAUUGGCCAAUGAAUUCUAAUCUAUGACAGUUCAGUUUAUGGAUUAACAGCAAGUGUAAGGCCUUUAGGUCAUCUAAGUUUAGCAUGAUAUACUGUUUGUCAACUACAUUUUUUUGUAUCCAGUGUUUUAAGCUACAUCUGUUCUUUAAUACUUCACUAAAAUCAUUGAAUAUUCUGUAACCAAAUCCUGGAGACUGGAAAUGUAGUUCUCAUUGGUUAUGCCUGCAUAUAGAUUGACCUACCAUAUUCUUUAGUGAGAAAAAAUAGAUAAGACAUAAUAUAUAGUGCAACAUAUCCAAAUAUGGAAAGAAUAUUCAAGGCAUGCGGUUUGAAAGUCAUUUUUAGAAUCGCCAACGUCCUCUACUAACUCAAUAUUGCAUUUCGUAUACACAAACUGUAAACAAUUUACACUCAAAAAGGCAAUAUUCGAAAUUCUUGACCUUUGUGAAAAAAUUCACAAAGAAAAUGUUAACAAUUUAAUUUGUGCAAUUUUAAGCACUGCAUCAAAAUGAUUUUUCCCCUAAGCACUAAAACUUUUAAAUAUUGUGGCACUUAUUCAUAUUUUAUCAUUUUUAGUACUUUCUUUUCUAUUUUAAGCAGUGUAAAGGUUUGUAUUAUCCAGGGGAAUUUGUAGUUAGCUAACUAUGGUAAAUUAAACAUUUUUUUUUUUCUAUUUUUAAAGAAAGCAACAACUCUGCUUUAUUAAUUUCCUUUGUUUAUAUUUAAAAAUACAAUGUUAUAAUACUCAAAGAAAAAAAUGUAGAAAUUGACAAAAUUAUUUCAAUAUAGGAAGAACUGUACCACUAUUUGGUAUUUUAAAAAUUGUAUUCAACUCAAUAGAACAACUGUAGAAACUGAGGUAUUCCAAUCCCCAGGGAGUUGGGUAUGUGUUCUAUAUGUGUUGAUCUAAUUACUAGAAUAAUAAUAUGAACACACAUUGACCUUUGCAUUAUGCAUGUCAUAUUACUAAUAUUAUUUUAUGCUGUACAAUCAUUAGCAUAUAGGCAUAUUUGUUAUUUAAUUAACUAAAAUAUUGUUUAUUUAAAGAAAAAAAACAACUACUUUGUUUAUAAAUUCUUGAAAAUACCUGUGGCCAUGAGAUCCACAUUCCCCUUCAGUGACAAAGUACCUCCUUUCCCUUGUCCACCUUUGAAAUGAUUUCCAUACCCCAGACAACACCUAACACCACAGUGCACUGCCAGACUUACCACACCAUAUAACUAUUUACAGCACCCUCACACUAUGCCACCUUCCCCAUAGUAACAACCCCCGCAGUGUACCAUCUUCCCCAUAAUAACAACCCUCCACUGUGCCAUCAUCCCCAUAGUAACAAACCUAUCACUAUUCCUAUUCACGUCAUUGCUUAACAUUUUUUUGUGUGCAUUUUGAAAUUAGGCCUAAACGCAUGGAGAGUAAUACCUCCAUGACAAAUGUAUGCGUUCCUUGUAAACAUUAAAACUAUAUUCAUAGAUGUAUGGGAAAAUGAUAUAUAAUAUGUUUGUACAAUGAUAUUCUACCUGAUAGUUGUUUAUAGCUUAUUUUAUAAACGUAUUCACGUGAAAUAUAAAUAAUGAGUGGCAAAACGUGCUUUGAUGUCAGAAAGGAUUUUUUUAAAGGAAAAAUAUAUUCACCUUUGUAACAGUUUCGAAAACCAUUAAAAGAAUUUGUAAAAACAGUA